GAAACAAAAUAAACUAAAAAAAUUGAACAAAAGUUCAUUUUGGAACGUAGCCGCUGCAUAAGUCUAGUUUUUUCUCAAGGCAUCAUUGCGAAAAUUUUGAGGGAAUACAAUAAACCGCGUGCAACAAUAUGUUCGGCCAAUCAACAUUAGGAGGCACAACAUCGGCCUUUGGUUCUGCUGCAACAACCACCUCUACGAAUCGUAUGAACGAUUUCGAAGUGGCUUCGCCUCCAGAAGAUUCUGUCUCAGCACUAGAAUUCAGUCCAGCAACAUUGCAACAAAAUUUCCUUAUAGCUGGAAGUUGGGAUUGUAGUGUACGAUGCUGGGAGGUGGAGCAGACCGGCAAGACUGUGCCCAAGUCAAUGAAGACCAUGGGCGGUCCGGUGUUGGAUGUUAGCUGGGCGGAUGAUGGUACCAAGGUAUUUAUUGCCAGUGAAAAACAGGUCAAAGUUUGGGAUUUGGCAUCAGAUCAACAGAUGCAAGUUGCCGCCCAUGAUGGACCGGUAAAAGUUUGUCACUGGGUAAAAGGCACAAAUUAUACUUGCCUCAUGACCGGCUCCUGGGACAAGACUUUAAAAUUCUGGGACACAAGAACACCAAAUCCCAUAAUGGCCAUAAAUUUGCCAGAACGUUGCUAUUGUGCUGAUGUAGAUUUUCCCAUGGCCGUGGUGGGCACAGCCGGUAGGGGCUUGAUUGUUUAUUCCUUGGAAAAUAGCCCCACCGAAUUUAAACGCCAGGAAAGUCCCUUGAAAUAUCAACACAGGACCAUUGCCAUUUUCCGGGAUAAGAAUAAGAAGCCAACAGGUUAUGCCUUGGGCAGCAUUGAGGGACGUGUUGCCAUCCAGUAUGUACAACCGGUAAAUCCAAAGGACAACUUUACCUUCAAGUGUCACCGUUCUUCGGGCACAGCCGGUUAUCAAGACAUCUAUGCUGUAAAUGACAUAUCUUUCCAUCCCGUACAUGGCACCUUGGUAACUGUUGGCUCUGAUGGCACCUUCAGUUUCUGGGACAAGGAUGCACGUACCAAACUUAAGUCUUCCGAGACCAUGGAUCAAUCAAUAACAAAAUGUGGUUUCAAUGCUUCGGGUCAUAUCUUUGCUUACGCCGUCGGCUAUGAUUGGUCCAAGGGACAUGAAUACUUUAAUCCUGCCAAGAAACCUCAAAUAUUUUUAAGAUCAUGUUUUGAUGAGCUGAAACCACGUUCAACGUAAAAUCUGUUUUGUUUAUUUUUAGGAUUAAAUAAUAUUUGUAAUUCCAUCCCCAAAUUUCCCACUUUUUCCACUGUAAGCACCCGAUAUCAAUUUUUUCCAAAUAAAAUCUAUAAACAAAUAAUAU